CUCUGAGGAGGCCCGCUAUAUAUGUGUGCCGCAAAAUCAAUUAUAGCAACCCAAAUUCUCUUUCUCCCUCUCUUUUCUUUCCGUUUUUCCUGCGAGAAUAUCAAGAUCAAGUAUCUCAACACAAUGAAGCUCUCUGGCCUCCUCGCGGCCUCGGUUGCCGCAGCCUCCGCCACCGUCGUCUCUGUUUCGGCGACCGCGAAGGUUACUUAUCAGGAUGGUUUGGUUGGGAAGGGCCUCAAGGAAUCGUCGUCGGUCAGGUCAUGUUCCGGUAACAAAUUCGCGCCGAGAUUUGACGGUUUGCGAUUUAUUGAGACGUUGGUCACUGCCCACAGAUGAAUCAAAAGCUUCUGAUUAUUUUAUUUCUCUCGCCUUUUUGUUAUCCUCUCUCCGUGGUUUUGGCCUGGAGCUGUCUGCAGAAUUUAUUCUUGGGCAAAGAGUUCAACUCUUCCAGUUUUCCCAGUAUGAUUUCUAGAGUGAGAAGAGAGAAAUUGUAAUAUUACGGAAUAUAAGAAAAUGAAAAUGAGAAAAUGUUUCUGGUUACUUUGUCUGCAGGAUUUUGAUCUCCUUUUUAUCUCAGUAUAAUCAAUCCUUGUUGGUUUU